AUGAAUUUAAAUAUUCUCGUCACACCAUCAUCAGAGUUUAUAGACUUAAUAGUAAAGUUGGGAUUAGAAAGAGAAAAGAAGAAGACCAACAAGACCAACAACAACAACAACAACAACAACAAGUAUAAACAACAAUACAAUUAUAUGAUAAAAACAUUGGAACAGCAAGAAACAGUACUAUCAUGGUUAUUAUAUCUUGUUGUAAAUUGUGAAUUAUCUCAUAUUAAAAAACAAUCAAUCUAUCUCCUCGAUAAAGCUUUGAGGAAAUAUACGACACCUUCUAAAUGUCCUUUUGCUUAUAAUCGAGAUAUCAAUACAAUAUUCAAUGUUUUGAUGUUUUUUUUCAACAACAACAACAACAACAACAACAACAACAACAACAACAACAACAACAACAACAACAACAACAACAACAAUAAUAAUAAUAAUAAUAACGAUGAAACACAAACCAUAUUGUUUUCAAUAUUGAAUACUCUAAAUGCUGGUGCUAAUGGUCAUAAGUAUUUAAAACUUAUUGGGGAUACAAUUUGGGAUCAUCGUGAUAACAAAGUAGUUAGAGGAAUCAUGCUCAAGGUCAUGGAAUCGACAAUUACCAAAAAACAACUUGAUGCAUCGAGAAACAUUUUCAACAACAUUAUGACUUACUUUCUCACUGAUCCUAGUAACGUUCAAUAUCAAUUACGAGCCAUUGAUAUCAUGGUCCGUCAUGGGUACAAUUAUAUAGUGGUAGAGUCAAACUAUGAUACAUACAAAUUAUAUUCUAAACAAUUGUUUUCAAAUGACCAAGUAAUACAACGUUUACUCGAUCAAAUGGAAUUGGAUAUUCAAUCUGGUGGAUCUCCCUGUUGGGAGAACUUUGUUAAUUACAUUGACCCAACAAAAUAUAAAUAUGUAUCCUCUAGAAUAUUCCCAAUGAUGCUCAAACAAUUGAAACGGACCUUUAAAAAAAAGGAAAAGGCAUACGUUAUCCAAGCGGUCGGAGCAAAGGUUGGUAUGAAGUAUUUUGCAAGAUAUCUAUUUGAAUUGAUACAACAUCUCAUCAAAUCGGGAGAAAUGGAGUAUAUUCAGAAGAUUCCAAGGGAAAAGGAUUGGAAAGACUGGAAUUAUUUUUCUAUUUAUAUCCCAUCCAUCAUGAAAUCAGUCAUCUCCCACUUUAAUCGGGGACCGGUUAGAUCAGUUGAGAGAGUCGAGAAAAAAUACCACCUGUUUAAUUAUUUCUUGUGUGGUAUGAUUGACAAUGUCUAUCCAUAUUUCAAACACUUGAUUGAAAGUGUAUGCAAACUUGACACUGUCGACAUGAUGGUCCGCAUGUUAAAGGCAACUGUGGACAAGGAAGGAAUCUGUCAAAACAGUCAAAGAUUAUUCAACCGUUUCAUCCAAUCAUUGAUCGAACCACCACCAACAAUAUCAACAUCAACACAACAACGGCCAUGGAAACCAAGGAUGACAGCAAUAGCAGAUAUGAUUCACAUUAUGCAAGGAGGUAUUUGGACAAGUCAUCAAAUCUACGAGGUAUCCAACGAAUGUGAUAAUGAUUAUUGUCGAGUAUUGGAAGAAUAUGAUGUCAACCAUCUAAAAGUGGGCGAAGAUUUUAACAAUGCUCUAUUAGAGUGGCGCCAAAAUCAAUCUAUUCUAUGUGACCUUUUAAUUGGAACCAACAACAACAACAACCACAGACACCAGGAAAUGAAAACGUGGUUACUCGAAAUGACAAAAACAUCUUUGGAUAAAUAUACUUGUCACAAAGAAGGAACAACACCAACACCAACAAUGUCAAAUACAUUUGAACAAGAUACACCAAAUGUUGUUUGA